CUUCUUUCCACGGCUUGACCAAGGAGCAGGCAUCUGAUGCAGACAUUUGGCUGUCUCUGCGUACAUAUAUAUAUACACACAAAUGUUACUUAAUGCCUCUUUCUUAAAGAGUAAGGAGCCGGCUGUGAGCUUUCCAGGUGUUGUCUGCUGGGUUGGAUUUCCUGUCCCCAUCACUGACCACCAGCUGGACCUCCAUACCAUCUCGUCUUGAAAGUAAGAGGCUCUGAGCAGCCUGUCACCUCCUGAACUGAAGAAUCAGAAAAAUAAAAAGCCUAACCCUCUGAAAACACCCCCCUGAAUUCUCUGCGCUUCAACAGAGCAACUCAAGGAUAAACCUUCCACUAAAUCCUAUGUGACUGAAGCUAUAGGAGCCUGACUUUCCCUCUUCAGCCUGAAGAGAUGGAGCUUGGAGAAAUUGUUGUUGCUGAAAGCCCUAGUGAGAGAAAGCUGUAUGCGGAGAAGGAGCCAAGAGCCCAGGACCUGCUGCGGAGAAGUGGAAAGCAAAUCCAUCAGCUUUUCAGCUAUCUCACAGGAGAAAUGAAAGAAUGUGGAGACUGGAUGAAAGAUAAACCCCUAAUGGUUCAGCUCGUGGACUGGAUCUUGCGAGGCACCUCUCAGGUGAUGUUUGUCAACAACCCUCUCAGCGGGAUGAUCAUUUUAGUGGGGCUUUUCAUCCAGAAUCCCUGGUGGAUGCUCACAGGCUGUACUGGGACGGCUGUUUCGACAUUAACAGCCCUGACCUUCGGUCAGGACAGGUCAGCUAUUGCAGCAGGGCUGUACGGCUAUAACGGGCUCCUGGUGGGACUGCUCAUGGCUGUCUACUCUGACAAAGGGGAUUACUACUGGUGGCUUCUACCUCCUGUGGGGGUUAUAUCCACAGCCUGUCCAGUCCUGUCCAGUGCUUUGGCAUCAGUAUUCAGUAAAUGGGACCUUCCUGUUUUCACUCUGCCUUUCAAUAUUGCGGUAACUUUGUAUUUGGCAGCCACAGGACACUAUAACGCCUUCUUCCCUACCACCCUCAUCCAGCCUGUAACAUCAGCACCCAACAUCACCUGGUCUGCAAUCAAUGUGCCCCUGCUCUUGCAAUCCAUUCCGGUCGGUGUCGGUCAAGUAUACGGUUGUGAAAACCCUUGGACUGGAGGCAUCUUCCUCAUUGCUUUACUUAUCUCCUCCCCACUGAUUUGCUUACAUGCUGCAAUUGGAUCAACAGUAGGGAUGCUGGCAGCUCUGACCAUUGCAACACCAUUUGACAGCAUCUACCUCGGCUUACACAAUUAUAACUGUGCACUUGCUUGCAUUGCAAUUGGAGGCAUGUUCUACGCCCUGACCUGGCAGGCUCAUCUGCUGGCCCUUGCCUGUGCAUUAUUUUGUGCCUACUCUGGAGCAGCUCUUACUAAUAUGCUAUCUGUGCUGGGAUUACCACUCUGCACCUGGCCUUUUUGCUUCUCUGCACUUCUCUUUUUGCUGCUCACUUCAGACAACCCAGCCAUCUACAAAGUCCCACUCUGCAAAGUCACCUACCCAGAGGCCAACCGGCUCUACUACCUGAGGAUGAUGAGAAGAGCAUCGGAGAGCAGAAGAGGGGAGCAGAAAGGAAAGGAGCCAAAACCCUCCACCAAUUGGAAAACCCAAACUGGAGGCACCCCACUGUGCAGUCCCAAAAACAGCCAUGCUCACUAUGGGAGGAGAAACAAACUAAUUAGUAAUAUCAGGACAGGAGCCAUGCUAGCCUAUAUAAGUUGGUGGGGUAUUUUCUUUUUCUAUCGUAGCCCUUCUGCACUGCCCAGCAAAGCAACAGCUCUCCCCAAACUCAUCAAGAAGGCUCAGAACACCACCAUGGAAAACAGCAUUGACGUUAAGAUAGAAACCAAGGGAGAAAAAAAGCCAAGAAAGCAGAAUCCAUUGAGCAAAGGUGGAAAGAGAGUCUGCAAAGCUGUUGGCUACAUCACUGGGGACAUGAAGGAAUUUGGAGGCUGGAUAAAAGAUAAACCUCUCAUGAUCCAGUUUAUUGAUUGGGUGCUGCGUGGGAUAUCCCAGGUGAUGUUUAUCAAUAAUCCCCUUAGUGGGCUUAUCAUAGUUGCUGGCUUCCUGGUGCAGAAUCCUUGGUGGACACUCACAGGCUGUUUGGGAACAGUUGUCUCAACUUUAACAGCACUUAUUCUGGGCCAGGACAGAUCGGCCAUAGCAGCAGGCCUGUAUGGCUACAACGGGGUCUUGGUGGGAUUGCUUAUGGCUGUCUUCUCUGCUAAGGGAGACUACCACUGGUGGCUUCUACUCCCAGUGGCACUGGUGUCCAUGACGUGCCCCAUUUUCACCAGUGCUUUAGGCUCAGUCUUCAGUAAGUGGGAUCUGCCUGUUUUCACCUUGCCUUUCAACUUGGCCUUGACUCUCUAUCUGGCUGCCUCAGGACCCCAUAACCUCUUCUUCCCUACAACUCUCAUUCAGCCUGCAACAACAACACCCAACAUCACCUGGACUGAUGCUGAAGUGCCAAUGCUGCUCCAAUCCAUUCCGGUCGGCGUUAGUCAGAUAUAUGGCUGCGAUAACCCCUGGACUGGGGGAAUUUUCCUGGUUGCUCUAUUUAUCUCUUCUCCACUCAUUUGUCUGCAUGCGGCAAUUGGAUCAGCAGUGGGGAUGCUGGCAGCACUGAGCUUAGCAACACCUUUUAGCAGAAUCUACUCUGGCUUGUGGAAUUACAACAGUUCCCUGUCUUGCAUCGCAAUCGGAGGCAUGUUCUACGCUUUCACCUGGCAGACACAUUUGCUGGCAAUUGCUUGUGCACUCUUUAGUGCCUAUCUGGGAGCGACACUGGCUAAUAUGCUGGCGAUGUUUGGGCUGCCAUCAGGAACCUGGUCUUUUUGUUUGUCUGCACUGACAUUUCUGUUAAUAACCACAAACAACUCGGCCAUCUACAAGCUACCCCUCUCCAAGGUCACCUAUCCAGAAGCCAACCGAGCUUAUUAUCUGAAGAUGAAGAAACAUCAGAAGUCUUGCUGUGGGGUAUAAAGGCCCAAGAAGAGAGAUACUUUGCAGAGUGUAAGGCUAAAGCAGAAGGUAUUUUCCCCCAAAAGUGAUUUGCAUGCUACAAAGUCAAAAGACAAAAAAAAUCGCUGCCUUCUGAGUGAAGAGACUUUUUCCUCCACAUUUGUUUGUUCCAUCCUGUUUAGAAAGAAUUGUGCUGUGUUGGAAGAACCCCUCCCGAGACCACUCUGUAAUGAUUUAAGAGCAUAUAUGCUUAAAAAGACACUUGAAUUUUAAGUAGUGGGGAAAUGACUUAGAAGUUGAAAAGAAAACUCUGGUCAUGAAACCCAGGUCACACCAAUCAGGUGUAAAGCAAUGAAGAAUAGAACAUCUUUUGGCAUCUGAUGGGACUCCUAAUUUAUGGUUAAAACCAGCUUACCACAGCAAUAGGAUGUCUUAGCUUCAUAUUAGCAGAGAACUGGAAAAAGAGUGCCUUUUCCUAAGUAGAAAAUAGGUGGUGGAGAAUUCUACCUGGAGGCUCUCUCAAGCCUAGCAGAGAGAGAGGCCCAUUAAUAAUCACUGCACACAGGAUGGACACAGAUAAAUUAUGGACAGUGUCACUAAUACAUGCAAGACUUGUGGUAAAAAUCUCAAUAAUUGGGGGGUUUGUAAAGCCCUAGCUUUUGGAUGCUUUAGUUUACACUAGUCUCUAACAUUUCGUAAAAAAAUUUCAGGCCCACCUAGUUGCAGAGAAAAGUCUGUAAAUUUGAGGCCAAGAAAGCAAAUGCCAGUGAAAAGAAUCUUUUUCCUAAAAAAAACAAAUCAAAACUUGAUGUUAUGUUAAUCUCAUGUUGCUGUUUAACAGAUUUUGUCAUGGGUUGCAAAAGGAGGGGACAGCAGCAAAGUCAUUGUUGUCCCAUCCCUAUAUAAUGAAACGGCUCCUUUCAGUCUGUGCCAUAAAUAGAAUUAAUUUGAACUGAUCUCCUUGACCUUCCUUCCCAAGCUUUCCCCCAAUGACAUACAAACAUCAAGCAGGAAAACAGUGUAUGUCCCGGCCUGUUGCUGAAGUCACUGAAGGGAAGAGGCAGUGGCCUGGUGGAUUGUAGCAUAGAUAACGCCAGUCCUGGAGAACUUCAUGGCAGGAUAUAAGUGUAGGUGAACUCUGCAGCAGACAAGUGGUGUACUACCCUCACAUGGACUCUUAGGAUCUGGAGAUAGCAAAGGAGGAAGUUGACUUUGCACCCCAUAAAACAGACUCUGGUGGCUACCUCAGUGGGUGUUAUCUCAGCCACCUUUCUGCUUAACUCAUCAAAAUGAGUCAAGUCCAUGAGCAUGCUUUUCCUGGCCCGUGAACCUGCUUUGUCACCAUCCUCCCUUUUCUAAAUCCCAAAUAAAUUUAAGACUGGCAAUAAGGAAGCUGACCACUCCAGGUAAUAAACUACCAUAGUUCAUGCAAUGGACUUCAUGGACACAGACCACCAUGACUCCAUGGUCAGUGAACGUUCAGCUUCCAAUCUGGGUUUCUGAAAUGCAUAGCUGGUGCUGAAACUAGCUAUGCAGCAGAAACAGAUAAAUGGGUCACCAACCAAAGAAUAUGAGCUGGAUUCUGACAUCUUCACCACAAAUACUUUCCUCUGUGCUCAGGUCCUUCAGUUGGCAUUAGUCUACAUGCAGUAAUGUUGCUCAUGGGAAAGCAGAUCAAAAUCUGUUCCUCAUGUGGCAGGGUAAAUAAAAAGUAGAUUGUGAAUACAGCAACUGAUUUAGGAGGCUAAGAAAGGAAAAUGUCUUUUAUAAACACCAGAAAGAUCUGAGUGAAAAAUAUUUGGGAUGAACUGCUGGCAGUAUUUUCUGGUGAAGUGUUAGGUUUUCAAAUGUCUGACAGUAUUUCUUUAUGAAUGCCACUUCAGAGAUCGCUUGUAAGAUGUACCAUUUGCUACAUUUUCCUUGGUAAAUAUCUACAUAACAUUUUGUGGUGUUAAUUUAAAAAAAUACUCAUAGAUCUUUCACUUUGAUGCAAGUUUUCCUCUAUUUUUCAUCACUGAGCACUUCCAAAGACAGAUAGCUCUUAAGUUACAUCAAAAUGGUCUAGAAGAUGUUGGAAAAUAAAAUUAUGAAAUCAGUGGUGAGAGGGGGAGGCUCCAGCUAUUUGGGAAACUUCCAUGCAUUAUAUUUAAGGCAUUUGGCUGCAUCAGUAACUUUAAUGUACAAGUGCAAAGUCUGCUUCUGUAACAAGGGGUAGAGUUAGCUGAAGGCAUAGUGUUGUGCCUCUAGAAGUAGUCAAGGCUGAAAAACUCAUUGCGAGCAGGACAUAAGGACUUGAUCCAGUUCCUAGGGAAGUCACUGGACCCCUAGAUUGGGGUUAGAUUCGGUCAGGGAAUGCAUCUAUAUAUCUGUCAAAUUCUCACCGAAAAGGAGAGCUUUUGGUGUCUAAACUGAAAUCUCCCUUGUCAGGGACACGUGCCCCAGAGAGAGGGGCCGAGGCUAAUGCAAGAGGCUAAAGGCAAAGGCUGUUUCAUUCAUAUGUCAAAAUCUGCACUCUAGUAUAGAGUACACACUUUAUGACCAGUGUAAAUCAGCACAGUUUCUUUGACUGGUGCUAUUUCAGGUUGCUGUUGCUGAGCAACAGGACCAUUUUAGCAGUACUGUAGAGGAACCACACAUACAGAAAAGAAAAACAACAAAAGAGCAAGGCCAUGUCUCAGCCAUUAGUACGACUUCACACAUCAUUCAGAAUUCUUUCUUCAUUCAAUGCUAUCCAGAGAAUUCAAAGUCUUCCCCUAACCCUGUGCAGAGUAACAUUUAUUUGGUAACUUGUCACACGUUAUCACUUGGUCAGAAUAUGCAUAUCAUGCUUUUUCCCAAUAUCGUUCCUACCAGUCUUUUCUUACAGGACUAAUUUAUCUUAUUAUUGAAACUGUUCUGUAAGGUUUUUUGCUGUAUAUCAAAUAAAUACUAUUCAGAGUUCACAAAUCACUGAUGUUUU